AAUUAAAAUAUUAAAGAAUUUAGAUGAAAUUGUUUUAACUGAUUCCAAUAAAACAUUUAUUACUAUUGGUGCAGUUUAAGUUUUAAAAUUGGACUUUGGCGGCAUAAAUAUGUCGGAAUCAAGGAAAAAUCAUCUCAACAUCGACGGAGGUCAGGUGAAGGAAGACGAUCAUGUUGCAUCUUACAAGCCUAUAUCUGAAAAUGAUGAAGACUUUCGUACAUCGAAGUCGAGUCUCAAGAAGGAGAAAGGUUCAGGCGACGGGGCUGAGGAAAAGUUGCUUUCGAAGGAAGACGAAGCCAAGAUUGUCACGAGAGUGGAUAUGGCUGACGCUAAAUAUGUGGUAGAAGAUCAUAGGAAUGGCGAUGCUAAGAUCGAACUCGAUGCUAAUAAGCGGCAAUUCAUGGGUCUCACCAAAGAGGAGCUCAUGAAAUACGCGGACGAUCCAAUGUGGGUGCGAUUGCGCUGGUUCAUGUUCGUUCUGUUCUGGGCAAUGUGGCUCUGUAUGCUGGCAGGAGCCAUUAUAAUCAUCAUUCGAGCGCCCAAGUGUGCACCACCAGCGCCCAAGAAAUGGUUUGAAAGAGGACCCUUGGUUGAUGCAUCAAGUGUUGAAGACUACAGCGCCAUUGACCUGCCAUUACUCACGAACGCCAAGGUAGCUGCGGUGUUUGCACCAUCAUGCAAGGAUACAUACUCUGUUCUAGAAGAUGAAAAUGUCCCAUGUCUUAAACAGUUCAAGGAAUUCGUCACUAAGGCUAAGGCAGCUGGUAUUAAGGUAAUUGUUGAUCUGACGGCAAACUUCGUUUCAACAUCGCACAAGUGGUUCAAAUUGAGCCAGAAUCGUUCUGCCGAGUACAACGACUACUUCACAUGGCGAGCGAGCACCGAGUUUGACCCAACCAAUAAUACGGCCAAACCUCCUAACAAUUGGGUAUCCACUCUGAAUGAGCCUGCUUGGAAUUUGAGCCCAGUUCGAGAGGAGUUCUAUCUUCACCAAUAUGGUGCGGAUCAAGCAGAUCUGAACUUCCACAACCCAGCUGUUGUGAAACAGUUUGACGAAGUCCUUAAGAUUUGGAUGAAGGCUGGUGCUGAUGGUGUAAGACUGCAAAAGGCACGUACUCUGGUAGUAAACAACACCAACAUAGAAAAGGCUAUGGAGGAGCCUCGAGCAGGGCGUGGCAUUGACCACGAGGCUGACUUCACUCAGUACUCGUACUACCAACACAAGUACACCGCAGAUCAACCCGCCCUCGACGAGCUGUUCUCUCAUUGGUCGCAUCUGGUGGACGCGACGUAUGCUGUUCCAUCAGCUGGCGAGUCGGUGUUUACGAUAGCCGAGCAAGAUCAGCCCGAAUGGUUCCUAUUGGAACGCAAGACGACGUCUUUACGUCCGGUGUCCACGGCCCCGUUGCCCGCUAGCGACGCACGCGCAGCCGUACUCGCUUUAGAUCAACGAAUCGCUAGGUGGCCUUUAGUACAGUUAAACUCACCUGAGCCGAACAUAGAGUUGGCUGCAUUCGGUAUGUUGAUGCCGGCUGCGCCUGUCUUAACAAUGUAUCAACUGCAGACAACGGAUAACGACACGUCAACGAUAUCACUGUUGUCGUCUCUAUCACUCCUCCGCAGUGAUGCUAGUAUAGAGCACGGAAUGUACAACAUAAGCGCUACGCCUACCGUCAACUCUCCCAGCACCAUGCUGGCUUGCACCAGGUGGAAGAUUGGACACACGGGCUAUGUGUCUCUAUACAACCCUGGCGAAUUAGCUCAUGCUGAUCUCAGCGCGCUAUAUCUGCCAGUGUUGCCACUUACACUCACCGUGCACCAUCUCACUGAGAGUACACGGCUCGCAACAAAUUACACAAGCCACUCCGAGGUGAGGGUAGACGAUAUAGUCGUCCCUGCCAGGUCUACCCUCAUUCUGUCCUUCGUGCCGAGGACCAGCGUAGAAAAUUAAUUACAUAAAACAAUUGCUAUGUAUGACUUGCUUCACUCCUCAUAUGUGGAAAAUUUAUUUGCAUUUUACAGUGUGAACCAUUAAUAUAUUAUGUAAUAAAUGUUUGAGCAUGAAA